AUGCAACCUGAUUGUAGUCAGCGUCGCCACUACCCCUCGCUUGCGAGGAGCGAGCGGCGCACGGGGCCGCAGGAGCGCGCGGUGCCCGUGCGCGGGGCUCGCUUCUCCCGGCCACGCUCGGCAGCAGGAAGGAGCAGCAGGGCUCGUGUGCCCCUGCUUGGCUCGGCUGUCGACAGACACCAGGAAUUCGAUCUCGGUGAAAACCCACGCGACGCUCAGCUUUCGUUUCUAACCGAUGAACGACUUACUAGCGUUACGCUAAAGCACAGGCCACCCGCACAGCCUGGUGUCGCGAAACUUCUUGCUAAUCUAUCUUUGUUCUCUUCUUCUCGUGCAAUCUUUUCCUUGCUUCCAGUGGCUGCUACAAAGAACAGAGGUAGAGGCAGCCAAGGACAGUUUCCACUUACACAGAACGUCACGGUAGUGGAAGGAGGAACAGCAAAUUUGACCUGCAGGGUCGAUCAAAAUGAUAACACCUCCCUCCAGUGGUCAAAUCCAGCUCAACAGACGUUGUACUUUGAUGACAAGAAAGCUCUGCGGGACAACAGAAUCGAGCUGGUUCGAGCUUCGUGGCAUGAACUGAGCAUCAGCGUCAGUGAUGUGUCUCUGUCGGAUGAAGGGCAGUACACCUGCUCUUUAUUUACUAUGCCUGUCAAAACUUCCAAGGCUUUUCUUACCGUUCUGGGUGUUCCUGAGAAACCACAAAUUACUGGAUUUACUUCACCAGUUAUGGAGGGAGAGAGGAUGCAGCUAACAUGCAAGACUUCUGGUAGUAAACCAGCAGCUGACAUCAGAUGGUUCAAAAAUGAUAAAGAAGUCAAAGAUGUUAAAUAUUUAAAAGAAGAAGAUGCAAAUCGUAAAACAUUCACAGUCAGCAGCACAAUGGAUUUCCUAGCAGAUCGCAGUGAUGAUGGUGCAGUUUUAAGUUGCAGAGUAGACCAUGAGUCCCUAAACUCUACACCUCAGAUAGCAAUGCAGGUUCUAGAAAUACACUAUACACCUUUAGUUAAAAUCAUUUCUUCCAAUUCAUGGCCUGAAGAAGGACAAUCUAUAGUUUUGACUUGUGAAUCCAAAGGAAAACCAGUGCCAGAACCAGUCCUGUGGACGAAGGAUGGUGGAGAGCUGCCGGAUCCAGAAAGAAUGGUUGUCAAUGGCAGAGUUCUAAGCAUCAGUUUCCUUAAUAAAACAGACAACGGCACGUAUCGAUGCGAAGCAAAAAAUCCUAUUGGCCGAAACAGCACAGAAUAUGUCCUGAUAGUACAUGAUGUUUUCAACACUUUGCUUCCCACUACUGUCAUCCCCUCCCUUACCACUGCAACAGUCACAACCACUGUAGCCUUAACAGCCAGCAAAACCACAUCGGCAACAGCCAUCAGCACCAGAG